AUGGAGCCAGGCGCCUGGGGGAACAGGACAACGGUCACUGAGUUCAUCCUUCUUGGCCUGACAGAAAACGUAAGACUGAAACCCAUCCUUUUUGUCGUCUUCCUCUUUGCCUAUGUACUCACCAUAGGGGGCAACUUCAGCAUCCUGGCUGCCAUCUUUGUGGAGCCCAAACUCCACACUCCCAUGUACUACUUCUUGGGGAACCUAUCUCUGCUGGACAUUGGAUGCAUCACUGUCACUGUCCCUCCAAUGCUAGCAUGUCUCCUGCCCCCCCAGUGCAGAGUCCCCUACGCUGCCUGCCUUUCACAGCUCUUCUUCUUCCACCUCCUGGCCGGUGUGGACUGUCACCUCCUGACAGCCAUGGCCUAUGACCGCUACCUGGCCAUCUGCCAGCCCCUCACCUACAGCACCCGCAUGCGCCGUGAAGUCCGGGGUGCCCUGGUGGCCAUUUGCUGCACUAUCUCCUUUAUCAAUGCUCUGACUCACACAGUGGCCGUGUCUGUGCUUGACUUCUGCGGCCCUAAUGUGGUCAACCACUUCUACUGCGACCUCCCACCCCUUUUCCAGCUCUCCUGCUCCAGUAUUCACCUCAAUGGGCAGCUGCUUUUUGUGGGGGCCACUUUCAUGGGGGUGUUCCCCAUGAUCCUCAUCUCAGUGUCUUACGCCCACGUCACAGCUGCAGUGCUACGAAUCCGUUCAGCAGAGGGGAGGAAGAAGGCCUUCUCCACGUGUGGCUCCCACCUCACCGUGGUCUGUAUCUUUUAUGGAACUGGCUUCUUCAGUUACAUGCGUCUGGGCUCAGUGUCAGCCUCAGACAAAGACAAAGGGAUUGGGAUCCUCAAUACUAUCCUCAGCCCCAUGUUGAACCCACUCAUCUAUAGCCUCCGGAACCCUGAUGUGCAGGGCGCCCUGAAAAGGGUGCUGAUGGGGAAGCGGCCUCCUGAAUGAGAACGCAGGGCAUCAAAAUACCCCUCCCUCCUAGAGCACCCCCUGACUUUCCCAUGCUGAAGGCAUGAUGUCGGUCACAGGUGUCUUCAGGGGUGGGUUGAGGGAUGGGAGGAAAGUAGGUAGUAUGGACCAGAGUAGAGGAUGGUUUAUCUUGGAUUGGGGAGAAAAGCUAAAGCUGGUAGGAGAUGGAUUAAAGUCAGGUGGGAGAAAAUUAUAAUGUGGGUCGGGAAACGGGGCACAAAUCAACUAUUUUUUUAAGUUCAGUGAGUGUUCAGCUGAAAUAUAUUUAAAAUGCUAAUAAAAGCAAAAUGUUUGUACCCUCCACUCACCUUUUAAGACAAAAUAUAUUCGUACCAGAGUAGGGGGUGUGGUUUUUAGAAGAUUCUUCUUCAGGAAAUAAACCCAGGACUGUGUCAUUAAAUUGAGGUUGGACGUAGCCUAGGAGGGGGCAUUGGGACCUGUCCUAACACCCUGCCAGCAUCUUCUUCAGAGCAACGUUGCCACAUGCGGGCUCCGCAAACCAGUGUCCCCAUCCUGAGUAAUCGUUAGUGGGAACACCACAUUUUCAUGUCCGUGUGCGAACUGACUCUCACAGCUCCUGCACCAAAAAUGUGAGGACGGAGCAUGGUUCAGGAGAAGGAGCACUCAGAAUAGUAAGGCGCCCCUCUCAAAGUCCAACAAACUCAUCCUGAUACGAAAUUGUAGGACACAGCUGGGGCAACUUUUGGUGAAAUGAAGGUACUAUGGACAUUUUCAGGCCAAAAAAGAAGGAGGAGGGGGGCAAUAUUAGGAAGAUGCUGGAUAUAAAAGAAAAAGAACCCACUGUUUUUGAUGAAAUAAAGGCAAUCACUGAGUUUGCCAUAAAAGAGCAACACUUUCCGAACCGUGUGCACUGAGAGAAUCCUGCCUGAAGCUACAGCCAAAGAAGAGUCUCCUGCCUGCAGAGAAUUAGGAAGAGAGCAUUUAGUUCGCAAAGCUGAGCGCAGAGCACCAGGGUGUGAAAUCCCGUAACACCCAGAAACCGGGAUCCACUUAGAGCACGCGACAGGGGAGGGGUAAUAAUAAACAAGUCAUCAUGUGCUAUGACAAAGUGGUUGUCUUUAAUUCAUGUUCUGAAGCGCAUGGUUUUUUUAGGCCUGCCUUUAGAUAUUGUGAAUUUUGUUAUGUAGCCUAACUAGGUGUGAUCAUGUUUCACAAAGCCAUUUCUUCCCCAGGGAAAUCUGAACUGUAUAGUUUUUGACUCUGCUAUGCAAAUAUGAGCAAUUCAUGUUUCAUGUAAAUCAUUUUAAUAAAAAACCUCUUUUUAUUUAAAAAGAAAUGUGAAUGUAUUGACAUGAAAAGGUGUAUAGCAUCUAUUGCUAAAUUUGGAAAGUGACGAUAAUGUGAUAUGUG